GUGUCAAAUGGAUGCUUUGGGCGAGCAUUUUCGCGUAAAUUAAUUGAUUUCUUCUAAUUAAAUUAUUGUGAAUCAUUGUGUUGGCGACAAAAGUGUGAUGUGAGCCAUGCAAAAUAAUAUUGUGCACAGAUUAAUCUAUGUGACUUCAAAAUAGGGGUGUAUCGUGAAAAUAAAAAUGGCUUCAGGAGACGGAGAUAGUGAUCAUAUAGAAAUGAUGGAAGCCGUGAAAAGAGCAGAGGCAACUGGACAUUCGGGUUCCGAGGAUGAUGAUCGCGACAGAGUUUCAAUUGCAGAGAAAAAUGUUCCUUACGACCCGGCGGUUGGCCCGUCGGGGGCGAUCAGCAAGGUCCACAAGUCGGACCGGAAGAUCGGCCACCGGCGGGUCGGCGAGGGCGGCGAGAUCACCUACAAGAAGAUCCAGUCCUCGCAGAUUAUGGGCUCCAUACAGCUCGGUAUCCAACACGCUAUAGGUGGCCUCGCUUCGAAACCAGAGCGCGAUCUUCUCAUGCAAGACUUCAUGACAGUUGAGACUACAAACUUUCCGCACGAGGGCUCCAACCACACUCCCGCUCACCACUACUCCGAGUUCAAGUUCAAGACAUACGCGCCGAUAGCGUUCCGAUACUUUCGGGAUCUAUUCGGCAUUCAGCCAGAUGACUUCCUUAUGUCAAUGUGCAGUGCACCCCUACGCGAGUUAAGCAACCCCGGCGCGUCCGGUAGCAUAUUCUACCUGACCAACGAUGACGAGUUCAUCAUUAAAACAGUACAACACAAGGAGGGCGAGUUUCUGCAGAAGCUUCUGCCCGGGUACUACUUAAAUCUCGAUCAGAACCCCCGCACGUUGCUACCUAAAUUCUUCGGAUUAUACUGCUACCAGUGCAACAGUAAAAACGUGCGGCUAGUUGCCAUGAACAACAUCCUGCCAUCGUCAGUCAAGCUGCACCAGAAGUACGAUCUCAAAGGCUCCACUUACAAGAGGAAGGCAAGCAAAACGGAAAGACAGAAGAAUUCACCGACGUACAAAGAUCUUGACUUCAUGGAGCACCACACUGAGGGAAUCUUUCUAGAAGCGGAUACAUACACUGCGUUAAUAAAGACAAUGCAGAGGGACUGCCGCGUACUGGAGAGUUUCAAGAUUAUGGACUACUCACUCCUAGUGGGAAUCCAUAACUUGGAUGAGGCCCAAAGGGAAAAGACUGAGGCCCGAAAAAGCACUGACUCCGCCCAGAGUGACGAUGAAGCUGACGGCGAGCCUAAGAAAAGCGGACUUAAUAGGACCAGAUUAGAGCAAAGCAAAGAGGAUUUUAAGGCACAAGUGAAAAGAACACAGUCCAUAAACCGACAGCGGCUUGUAGCGCACUCGACCGCGAUGGAAAGCAUUCAAGCUGAAAGUGAACCCAUCGACGAAGAGGAAGACGUCCCGCCGGGUGGUAUUCCAGCAAGGAACGCGCGCGGCGAACGUCUCCUUCUAUUCCUGGGUAUUAUCGAUAUCCUGCAGUCUUACCGCCUUCGCAAGAAGCUAGAGCACACUUGGAAGAGCAUGAUACACGACGGCGAUACAGUGUCAGUACAUCGGCCGAGUUUCUACGCGCAAAGGUUCCUCGACUUCAUGGGAAAGACCGUAUUCAAGAAAAUACCUUCGUUGGACCUACCGGAGAUCAAAGGAAACCACCGCAAGUUCAGAACCCUCGUCACCAGCUACAUAGGUUUGACACUGAAACACUCGCCGUCGAAAAGAAAGAGCAUCGCGAAGCCGAGCAGACCGCAGGAAGAAAUCGACAAUACAGGGGCUACAACGUCAAGUGGCGUCGCCAUGAGAGCAGUGUCCCUUACCGACGUCACAGCUCAAAUAACACCCACCUCAGUGACUUCGCCGGUUUCCACAGCAGCUAAAUUAGCGCCAGCGGUGCCGAAGAUGGCUGUAUCCGAACCCGAUGUAGCGUUCCCAGCUGUUCUCAAAGGUUCUCAGAAACCGAGAGUACCACCACCAGUCCCACCGCGUGGUUCCCCCAAAACGAAACGCGGCGGGGGAGGGGGAAUCUCUCAAGCUAGCAUAGAGACCAAAGCUGGGGCGCCGCUUUCCUGUUGUUCAACUCCGCCACCGCCGUUUGAAGAGUCCCUUCCGCCGAGGACCAGUCGCACAAACUCCUCUUCAACGACCUCCUCAAGCGCUUCUGGAAGAAGAAGAGGUGCUUCAAGUGCAGCCAGUGUUAUGACUACGUCAUCUGCUUCGUCGCUAGCGUUGACCCCCGCCGCACUUAGCAGUGCGAGGAGCAAUGAGGCUAGUGUCUGUUGGACGCCUCCAGCGUCUGUGGAAGGUUCGACACCAACGUGGACGGAGGGCACCCCCAGUUUUACGGAGUCUAGUAGUAGUGAACAAGGCUAUCCAAUAACCCCGGGUCGCGGGCCUACCCCUAGUUCAGACAGACGGUCCCCGCGUCCCGCACCGCCUCCGAGAGCCACCCCUAUCAACUGUCUCACUUCUGAAAUGGUCGAAAUAACUCAUCUCACUUCUGAAACCUCGAGCAUCUCGAUAUCAACAUACGAAGUUCAAAAGGUGAUGCAAAGUGAAGGGAAAUUUAGCUAAGUUACAAUUUGUACAGUUCUUGGAAACCUUUAUUACUACUCAAGUUUAUUUAUACUAUUGCUACUAAAAAAUGUAAGUUAUCAAGUUAAAAGCUUGUGAUACUUGAGGUUUAUUUUUUUUGUAACUAUAUCUCAGAUAUUCAUACAAAAUUUCAGUUUUACUUUUACUCCCAAGGUCACAUUCGUUUACUUGAAUAUUAUACACAAAGAGUUGUGAUGCCCGCCCGAUUCAGUAAUAUUUCCAACUAGUGUGACAGAAAGUUACUGAAUUUGGUAACUGAGCUUUCGAGAAAACAAACUCCUUACUGGAGUUGGAGUUAUUUGUCAAUUUUGUGGCCAAAGCUUUAAAAACGCGACGCCAGGGGCGCUUUUUAGUUUCCCAUACUAAGUACAUAAGGCGUGGGAAAGGGUUUACUAAGUUCAUGGAGUAUUAAGAUUACUUUCUAUUGUACUCACUAUAUGUUCUACUACUUUUUCUUAAGAUCAAAACUUUUAGAGAAAUAACUGUACAAAGUUGUCAUAAAAAUUACGCAAUGACAACCAUAAAAUCAGGUGUUUGUACAUUUAAGGUAAAUUCAUCGACAGCAAAAUUUUAUGGGUCUUGGAUAAUUUUUAAACCAUUAUUCAAACACAGGUUUACAAUUGUUAAAGGUGGCAAAUUUUUUUAGGUUAUCUUUAUAUUAAAAUUGAAGUGUACGUUAUUUUAAAUUAUAACCAUUUAUCUUAAGCGAGUAUUAGUGAUACUUUAAAUGGGUGGUUUCCUAGUAUCUCAUUUCCAACUAGCUUUAUGCUAUUAGCCCAAGGAAUAAUAUUUAACUCUCCCUGGCAAGUUCUACCGCUGAUCUCGGGAUAUAAGAACUAUUUUAAUCAAAUAUUUUUAAUUGCAAAUGAUCAUUAUGUGCCCAAAAUAUCAGAGCCCUUAUUCUCUUUCUUAACUGGAUAGUAAUAUCUUGUGAUGUUACUUCAUAAAAGAACUGUCAACUUUGUCGCCACAGAGUGAUUAUCCGAGUAUGUUUAGAGAAUGAGGGCGAAGUUUCCAAGAAUUCUUUAUAAUUUAUGUUCAGGUAUUUUGGAUAUACUUUAAGGUUUUUUAAUUUUUAAAUACUUUUGGAGGAAAUGGCCAAGAUGUUGGCCCAAACAGUCGCAUAUAAGUGCAUAGCUCAAUUACAGCUUGAAGUUGAUAGUUAAUCUAAUCCAAGAUCUUUAGAAUGACAGAUUUGUAGUGCUGUCCUUUUCUACUCUUCUCUGUAAAUAAGGAUAGCGCUACUAAAUGCAAUGUUUCUGAUUAAAUUGUUUAGUUAUUUAUUAACUUAAGGCGUUAGUUGCCUCAGAGAUGCGGCUUAAAGUCCCUCUCUUACUGAAAUUAUAAUUAAAAGUAUUGUAAAAAUUAUUCGUUAAAAAGUUGUUAAAAAUUAUAGAAUCAAUCUAUGUUUCUAUAGGCAAAUACUGGGCCAUUUCAGCGAAUCUUUAUCGAAGAAUUUUUCAUAUAAUGUACUUAUGUAACUUUUGUUAUAAGUAAUAAAACUCAUAAGCAAUAAAUUUCAUUAUCGAUGUACCUUUAACUGUAAUAAUGAUUACAUAGGUUUUAUACAUGUAGCAGCUCUCUUUCUAACAGUAUUGAUUUCAUUUUGGUGCUUAGUUUUUUUUAUUUAGUAAGUAUAAUAAUUCAAUUUUAUUUUAUCAAAUUAAUAUUUAAUAAAUUGCUCAGAACCUUGUAAAAGAAAGAAACUUAUGAACAAUUACAAAUAUCAGUGAACAAUAUUGUACAACAUUUGUUGUUUAUCCUGUAGUUUUAAGAUUAUUAGUUUAAAUUAACGUUGCCAGUAUGAAAAUUAAUGAAAAUUCUACCAAAAAUAUAUCGAUUACGUGAUCGAUAAAUCGGUAACCCAUCGACAAAACUUAAUAAUAAAAAGUUUUUAGGGAAUAGUAACUGCCAUAUUAUGUUACUCGUAACUUAUUUAUUGGAAUAAUAUAAUAAUAAAUAUUAAGUAAAUAUUUUAUUUAAUCUUAAUUUAAAGUAGCGAAAUUAUAUCACUACAGGCCCUCCAAUUGAUUACACAUAUAUACGACGUUCAAAUUUAGUGUGAAAAUUAUUUGACAUCUGUAACUGUGUUUGUGAUGGCAUCAACAUCAUCAUCAUAAUAAAUCGAAAUUUAGGUCAACAAAUGCUCAUGUCGUCACAUAAACUGGGGCUCUGAUAAAAAUCUCUAUAUGUUAUACUAUGUUUUUAAUUAAGGUUAUGAAAAGGAAGCUCGAAUACAAAAUUUCAACUCUUAAAGAUUAGCUUUAUUUGAUUAGGUUUUGUGGGCAUCUACUCGUAUAAGAAACGUGUCGUUUCCCUCAAUUUACCCCUUAAAAAAAGUUGAAAAAGUUCCGGAUUUUAUAUUUUUUAUUGUUCCAUAAGCAAAUGAAGCAAUUGAUUAGAGCACGUCUCGGGGGGCACCACAAACAGUAGCGAAAACACACGAGAGACGAGGCAGUUUGGAAUUUCGCAUCUCAAAAGUUGCAAAAUAAAAAAUAAAUGCUUUGGUUUAUAUUUCCGCUCCACCACAAAAGAGAUCUUUAAUGUUACGUACAUAUUCUAAGAUACGUAAUUGAUCUAUCCCGUUGUAAUAAACACGCAACGAUAGUCUUACUCCGGCACAGAUUACAUAAUAACGUAGUCCGAUAGAGAAUCUAACACAGAAAAUAUCUGUUCUUUGUCUAUACGUUUACCUCUUUAAGAAGACUAAUGAAUUGUCGUUCGUAUGUCGCAACUUGUAUCAACUUCUAUCAAGUCUUCCUCUUCUGCUUUCUUACUUCGCCUUAUCAGAGUUUUUUUCGAUUAUUCAAAGACGUCAGAGUAAAAUGGACUUAUAAUAUAAAGUUUUAGAGUUGCAAAUUGUGUACUACUGAUUCUUACUAUACAAAUUGGAUAAUGAGAGAUACAUGAGAUUAUACAAAGGCUUUAGAAGUGUGGACGAAUUUAAGCCUUAUAAUAAUUCAAAUAAGUUCCACUUUACUCCGACUACUUAUUCUCUAUCGAUACCUCAUCAACGACGUAACUAACUUGAAAAAAAAAAAGGGUUUGAAUUUUAUUUAAUAUGUCUGUAGUCAGGCUUGUUACCUACCACUCUACGGACAGCUAAGUGCCGAAAUUAUAUGUUAGCUCAGUUUAAUAACUUUCUGUAUAUUUUCGAGACUGAUUUAAUGGGAUCUGAUUUUAGUAUUAUUACUUUUGCGGUAUUAGCCCGCUAACCCACCCAUUAGCAGUGUGGUGAGUACGGUCCAUCUCUCAUAUUAGAGAGAUAUGUGUCCAGCUGUAGAAUAUGAAUUAGGCUAAUUAUGAUGAUUACAAUUUUUUAAGAUUAUUUUAUUUUUAUUUUUAGAUAUUAUUGUUCACCAAAAAUCGUAUAUUAGAAUAUUAUUUUUUAAAUAAUUGUACUCAAUAAUAUUCUUACAAAAAGUAUUGAAAAUAUAUUAUAUCCGCUUAUACAUACAAAUUAAUUUUAGAAUAAAAUGUAUUUACUAUGCAUUUACAUGCUUUGAAAUAUAUCUUCGUCAUUUAAGAUGUUAUAUCAUAACUAUACAUUAUGGGGUCCAUUAUAUAUAACCCAAAAGGCCCCAGUUCUUAAGGAGAAGUCAAACUGAUGCGUCCGGCCUCUUAAAAUACGCAAUAAUUUGCUCAAAAUUUACAGACUGGAUGCCUUAGUUUGGCUUUCUCUUUAGGCUAUUUUCAAGAGUACAAGUGUGUUCUAGUAGAAAAAGUUUGACACUAUCGCCUAUCGGGUUUAAUAAAGCUGCCGUACUCCUAACAAAUAACCAAUCAAAGGCUAUAAAAAAUACUUGCUUGUUUCUAUAUGUGCGUCCACGAGAAUUAGUGAAACUCCAGCCAUAUUCGUCUUCGUUAGAUGUCACCUGAUGUUCUUUUACUUGAACAGGGAUUUAAAAGCAAUACUUAAAUAUUCUCUGAAGCUAAAAAUUCAAGAUACUAGUGUUAUUCAAAUAAAAAUAUACAGCUUACUGUCAUAGACGCUUUAAAGAAAUUCCGAAGUACCAGACACACUUAUAUUUGCGGGUAGUUUCGUGCAUAGGUAUGAAAUUAACCGCAAAAGUAGGUGCGUACGAUUUAACAAAUUCUUAGGGAAGUAUUUCGCUCGCUCGCAAUUUUUUCUACUAGGACGUGAAUCUUAAACUCUGUUUGUUCAAAAGUAGUGUGAACAAUGGUGUUGUAAGUAAAAAGAGAUAGAUACAAAGAAAACUUUAUUGCAGUAAAAAAGAAAGGGAGAGAUUUUGUAGAUGUGUUCGAAGAUCUAUUAGAAAGUGUUUUCUAAGUAAACUGUUUAAAAGUUAUAGGAAAUUUCCGAAUUUACUGAAAUGAAACCACGAACGUUUAGUAAUCUGGUUGUGUAUACACAUAUAUUCAAGCGAAUUAACACACAAGAAGUAAAAGUAUGUAAGUAGUAACAAUGGAUGUUUUUCUUGAGUUUCUUGAGAGUGAUCGUAACACGUUAUGUCGCAACGGGCUGCGGCGCAAGACUGAGCGCAGGUUGUCUAAUUAGCCAAGUUGAUAUGUGCCACUUUUUAGGGCUUGUAUACAGUAUCACUUUUACAAGUUAAAUCCUGUGAAGUAAGGUGUAAUUUCUUUGGUAGGGUGAAAUUAUUUUACACCUGGCUUGAAACAUCCUCGUCUGCUAUUGGUUAUUGCUUUCGCUAACGGUGGUGGCGACGCUAAAGUAUUAUAGAGUUUCUAAUACUCAAAUUCCUGAACACGUUUCCAGCCAGUGCUUCUUACAGCCGCAACGUUGCGAGCAAGUUUAGGUCCAUUAUACUUUGAUAAUAUAUUGUUUCGAUACACGAAUGACAGGCAUGCCAAUCUUCUACAUAGGUUAAGGUACUAACCAAAAACAGUACGAGCGAGGUAGCAAUACAAGGCUAUAUUUAAUUAGAUUUUACGAUCCCAUUAUUUAACGUUAGAUUAAUCUUUUUUAUAAAGAAUAUUCUCCCUUUUAUGAGUGGCAGUCUUAACUUUUAACUCGUUUUACUUACAACACCAUUGGUUUUGAUAAUAAUGAAUUAAUUGUUGUUUAAUCUAUAACUGUACAGUGUUUUUGUAUCUGUUGAAAGCUAGCGUCGUGUUGCAACUCGUAUCUGCGAGGAGUGUACUUAUUUGUAUAUCGUGGUUUCGAAUAAACGUGUAUCUGUUUAAAAGUUA